CAACCCCUAAAUAAACCCAAUCGCUGCACUCUCCAUUUUCAAAACACUGCAACCCUUGCCGCCGAUCACCACAAAUUUCUAGAGAGAGAGUCAGAUAAUCCGGCCAGAAUGAGUCGGAGCUUAGGGAUUCCGGUGAAGCUGCUGCACGAGGCCGCCGGACACAUAGUCACCGUCGAACUCAAGAGCGGCGAAGUUUACAGAGGCAGCAUGAUUGAAUGCGAAGACAACUGGAAUUGUCAAUUAGAAAACAUCACCUUCACUGCUAAGGAUGGGAAGGUGGCUCAGCUUGAACAUGUGUUUAUUCGGGGCAGCAAAGUCAGGUUCAUGAUCAUACCAGACAUGCUUAAGAACGCCCCAAUGUUCAAACGUUUAGAAGCUAGAAUUAAGGGGAAAGGUUCAUCACUUGGUGUUGGUCGGGGCCGUGCUGUUGCUAUGCGAGCUCGGGCGCAGGCUGCUGGUCGUGGAGCUGCGGGUCCUGGUAGAGGGAGGUGAUAUCUUUGUUAAUCAUGAUCAUCACUGGAUCCUAGUAAUCAUUUGCAUUUAGGUUUUUGUUUUUGAUUUGUAAGAUUAAGAUUGAUGUUUGAUAUAAGUUCUAUCUAAGCAUAUGUUCUGAAUGUGGAGUUGAUGUACCAAGGGGAUAGUCUGCAAAGGGCAGGUUUGGUGAUUUUCGUCGUUCAAAAAAAUGUGGAUUUGAUGGAA